GUAACGAACGGACAAGUGACGCAGCGGAGGGAGGCGGUGGAGGUGAAAAACAUUCUGUACGUUCAGCACAGUGUGAGAGGAAGUCCUUGGCGUUGUCCUGCGCUGUUUCUCUCUCGGUUGCUCUUGUUGUGCCCAUCAGGAUGCUACGUGCCUUUGUACCCAGUCCUCUUUGGUCGAGGUCUUGGGGGCGUUGGCGGGUUUCUAGUAAUCAGCUCGCAUUGAAUCGUCUGAAUGCGUAGCUACAGUCAUCCAUCCAUCUUUGCGUACGUUGUUGGUGGGCUGCGUGUCAUAACUUCCGCGAAGAAGAAGGAACGGGUUCGUUGAUUCCCCCCCUGCUCAGCGCUCGCUUUGCUGUUCACCCGUUAUUCACGGCGAGACAGUAUUACACGUGUUGCAACAGGGGAAGGCUGGCUGGGGAGAGGGCUGCUUUGGUCAAGGGGCGCGAGAGUAUGAGGAGUCGUUAGUCAUCGAAAGGCAGCAGUAGUUGUGGCUGUGAGUGAGUUGGAGGCCUGAAGGAGAAGAGCGCGAGAGGGGGGAGAAGGGGGGGGGGGCGGGGCGGUGUUGUGGUGGGGACCACCACUGAAGUUUGUUGUAGGGUUUGUUUUCGCGUUCUAUCCAGAUGCUCGGGUAUGGUUGUUUGACCGCUAAGCCGGGGGGCGUCGACCUGACUGGAGCGUCUUGCGCUUCGUCGUUUCGCCUGCUUUGUCGCGACGCGGCAGACGGGUGGAAUCUCCAGCUGUAUCCCAAUCAAGAGCAGCAGGACGUGGCGCCUGCAGCGAUGAUGGAUCGAGGAGGCUAUGAGAGUCGCCCGGAAAAGCGAGCUAGGCUGGAUGACACGCGGCAGUGUGCUGAAGAGGCACAGCCAGGAUAUAGUGGCCGUGACGAGUAUGCCCCCGUGGCAAGGGGAGGUUGUAUACCCGGUGCACCCCCACCAACCGCCAUCGCUGCUGGAGUUCAUCAUCAUCAUCAUCACCAACAGAAUCACCAUCACCAGAAUGGGGCUCGGGGCGCGUCUGCGCCGUGGCGUGAAGACGACAAAGAUGGCCAUUUUGUUUACGAGCUUGCGGAGAACCUCACCCCUAGAUACAAAAUACUCAGCAAAAUGGGUGAAGGAACGUUUGGGCGUGUAUUGGAAUGCUGGGAUCGCGAAAAGCAGGAGUUUGUGGCCGUCAAAGUGAUCAGGAAUGUGCCGAAGUAUCGGGACGCUGCCAUGAUUGAAAUAGAUGUGCUCCACACGCUUGCCAAACAUGACAAGACGGGUUCACGGGGUUGCGUGCAGCUGAAGCAUUGGUUCGACUACCGCAAUCAUGUCUGCAUGGUCUUCGAACGGCUCGGUCCGAGUUUGUAUGAUUUUCUGAGAAAGAAUAACUAUCGGCCGUUCGCUAUUGAUCUUGUCCGUGACUUUGGUGUUCAACUUCUGGAGGCCGUUGCGUUUAUGCAUGACCUCUCUCUUAUUCACACCGAUCUGAAGCCGGAGAACAUUCUCCUCGUAUCGUCAGAGUAUGCCAAGUACCCAGAACCGAAGGCAUCACAACCUGGAAAGCACUUUCGCCGUGUGCCACUCUCCAGUGAAAUCAAAUUGAUAGACUUUGGAAGCGCAACGUUUGACAGCCAUUACCAUUGCUCGGUAGUCUCCACACGGCACUACAGGGCGCCCGAGGUUAUCCUAGGAUUGGGGUGGACAUACCCAUGUGAUCUCUGGAGUGUCGGGUGUAUUUUGGUGGAGCUGGUUACGGGUGAUGCUCUGUUCCAGACACAUGAGAAUCUUGAACAUCUUGCCAUGAUGGAAAGGGUGCUGGAUCGGAUUCCUGUACACAUGAUCAAGAAGGCAGACCGACGAAGUGAGAAGUACUUCCGGCAGGGGAAAGAGCUUAAUUGGCCUGAAGGAGCAGUCUCCAGGGAGAGCAUUCGAGCUGUGAAGAGGUUACCUAGACUUAAGGGCAACUUGGCUUGAUGGGGAGGGUGGGUGGAUAUGAGGUACGCUCUACUGAAGCCCAUGUGUGGGUGGAUGUGGGAGAUGGGAAGAAGGAUCCAGGCAGGGUAAGGCAGUGAUGUGAAGUAUAUUAUAUUGGGCAUUUGCAGAGGACACACGAAGUGCUGCGUUGUGGUAGUGCGUUGUGCGUGGAAAAGCAAGGACGAAACCCUCCUGAAGUGACCUACUUCGCUGAGCCUUUUUCGUAGGGGAGACGAUGCUGAACCAGGAAGUGAAAAGGGUGAGAAACGGUGAGAUCCAACACGU